AUGGCCAACGCUCGCCACGAGCCUGUUAACCAUGUGCCAGUCACAGAGGCCGUCGACAGAACGACGACAGAUUUGGCAAAGUUUCUUCUCCGACGAGAACUGGUUAACACUGGCCUCGCCAAAUUUGAUGAUCAGCCCGAAAACGACAUGUCGUGGAAGUCAUCAUUCAAAAACUCUAUCGACCACUUGGGUAUCACCGCAAGUGAAGAAUUUGACCUUCUGGUGAAAUGGUUGGGAAACGAGUCCUCGCAGCACGUGAAACGGCUCAGAUCAGUGCACGUAGGCAAUCCUUCUGCAGGGCUGCAGUUAGCGUGGGAGAGGUUGGAGGAAUGCUAUGGUAGUCCGCAAGCCAUCGAGAGUGCUCUCCUGAAAAGACUUGAAGCCUUCCCCAAGAUCUCCAACAGUGACCAUCGCAAGUUACGAGAACUGGGAGACCUGCUUUUAGAAUUGGAAUCAGCAAAGGCAGAUCCUCGCCUACCAGGACUGGGUUACCUAGACACAGCUCGAGGUGUGAACCCCAUCUUCAUUCGGGACAUAGCAAAGACCAAAAACGGCCCAAGCUUUCAUUUCGGUUCAUCCACUUCUUUCAACACUACUCGUCUGAGAGACGACAGAACCCCACCUAGGAAUGCCAGUAACAGGACAUCAGUCGCUGUCAAGAAAACAGAUAUUCUGUCAAAAGCAUCCGAUCCUGGCCCUACGGCAUCUAGGGGCAAGACUGUCAAAGAUGCAAGCAAAGAAUGCCCUCUGCAUCGGAAGCCACAUCCGCUGAACAAAUGCCGUGGCUUCCAAACCAAGCCUCUGACGGAACGGAAGGCUUUGCUCAAGGAGUUCGGGAUCUGCUUUAGGUGCUGCUCGUCGUCGGACCACUUCGCCAGAGACUGUGUGCAGGUCAUAAAAUGCGCGGUGUGUGGCAGUGAAGGACAUGCAUCUGCCCUCCACCCAGGUCCUGUCCACCAAGACACCAGCACAUCAGCAGGUGAUGUCCAGCACGGCGGGGAGGAUGACGUUCAUCCUUUGUCAACUAAAGUGAUGUCUAAAUGCACAAGUGUGUGCGGGAGCAACACUUGGGGUAGGUCUUGCUCGAAGAUAUGUCUAGUCAGAGUGCACCCAAAGGAUAAGCCGGACCUAUCAUUCAAGAUGUACGCUGUACUGGACGAUCAGAGCAACCGGUCGCUUGCCAGGCCGGCCUUUUUCGAUGUGUUCGGCGUGCAGGGAGAUGAAUCCCCCUACACACUCAAAACAUGCGCUGGGACAGUUGAGUCAUCGGGAAGACGAGCAAGUGGAUAUGUGGUAGAGUCCAUCGAUGGACGUGUAAGAGUUCCACUACCCACACUCAUCGAAUGUAUGCAAAUUCCCGACGACAGGAAUGAGAUUCCUACGCCAGAAGUGGCGCACCAUCAUCCACACUUGAAGAAAAUAGCUGGUUUAAUCCCGCCUCUGACGGAAGACGCCGAAAUACUGCUUCUACUCGGCAAGGACGUUUUGCAGGUGCACAAGGUACGGCAACAACUGAAUGGUCCCAACAAUGCUCCGUAUGCCCAAAGGCUGGACCUCGGCUGGGUGGUAGUUGGUGAUGUGUGCAUCAAUGGGAUGCGGAAGCCAGACCGUAUCAGUACAUUUACCACUACACUGCUAGAGAACGGCCGCGCGAGCACUUUUACUCCGUGUCCAAGUCAUGUCUUCAUCAAAGAGAAUGUCGCACAAGGGCUGGGUGACUCUGUGUUUGAGACGUCGAAGGACGACAACAAGCUCGCUCCUUCAAUUGAGGACAAGCAGUUUCUGGAAAUAAUGAACAAGACAUUCACCAAGGAUGAAGCAAACAGUUGGGUUGCUCCGCUUCCCUUUCGCACAAGGAGGAGUCCACUACCGGACAACAGGGAACAAGCACGAAUUCGGUUUGCCUCGCUCUGCCGUACCUUGGACAAAAGACCGGAUAUGAAAGAACACUUCUUUACGUUUAUGGGCAACAUCUUUGCCAACGGACAUGCUGAGUUAGCCCCGGAACGACAAGAAGGAAAAGAAGUGUGGUACCUUCCUAUUUUCGGCGUAUAUCACCCGAAGAAGCCGGAACAGAUACGUGUUGUUUUCGACUCGUUUCAAGGGACAUCCCUAAAUGACGUCCUUCUAACGGGGCCUAAUCUUGGAAACAGUCUUUUAGGAGUACUAAUUCGGUUCCGUAAGGAACCCUUCGCCAUCACCGCAGACAUUCAACAAAUGUUUUACUGCUUCAUCGUUCGUGAGGAGGACAGGGAGUACCUAAGAUUCCUCUGGUUCCGCGACAACGACCCGAAGAAGGAUGUUGUGGAGUACAGGAUGUGCGUCCACGUAUUCGGAAACAGCCCAUCGCCAGCUGUUGCAACGUAUGGACUUAAGCGAACCGCCCUUGAAGGUGAAAGGGAGUAUGGUACCGACGCCAGGCGAUUUGUAGAGAGAGAUUUCUAUGUGGAUGACGGGCUUAAGUCCCUCCCUACCGAAGAAGCCGCCAUCGAUCUACUCCAGAGAACGAAGGACAUGCUGGCUGUAGCAAACCUGAGGCUGCAUAAAAUAGCCUCCAACAGCGUCGCAGUGAUGAAAGCUUUCCCAUCUGAGGAGCAUGCGAAAGAUCUGAAAGAUCUAGACUUGGGAACUGACUCCCCUCCGACACAAAGAAGCUUGGGCCUAAGUUGGAACAUUAAACAUGAUGCCUUCACCUUCCACGUUCCUCCCAACAAGAAGCCACACACCAGUCUUCUGUCUACAGUUAAUAGUUUGUACGACCCUCUUGGAUUCGCAACUCCUGUCACUGUACGUGGUCGGCUGUUGUUGAGGGAACUGUCCACCUUGACAGAAGAUUGGGACGUCGAACUACCACAAAGUAGUGAAUGGGAAGUUUGGAGGGACUCUCUAUCAGAUCUCGAAGAUAUCGAGAUACCUCGUACCUACUCUGGUAUAUCUCUCGCCACUGCGUGUCGUAAGGAGCUCUGUAUAUUUUCAGAUGCCUCAACAAAAGCCAUUGCUGCCGUGGCUUACUUAAAACUCACGGAUGCUCGUGGUCAUAACCAUGUCGGGUUCAUCCUCGGGAAAGCCAAGCUCGCACCGAAACGUGGACAUACAAUUCCAAGACUCGAGUUGUGUGGGGCGGUGCUCGCAGUGGAAAUGGCUGACGUUAUCAUCAGCGAGCUCGACGUUUGCCUUGACGAGGUGAAGUUCUACACCGACAGCAAGGUGGUACUCGGCUACAUAUACAACGAGUCCAGGAGGUUCUACGUAUACGUAAGCAAUAGGGUCGAAAGGAUCCGGAAGUCAUGUCAGCCCAAACAGUGGAAUUAUGUUCCCACUGAACAGAACCCUGCCGACAUUGCCACACGGGCAGUAUCGGCUGAUCGCCUUGCAAAGACAACGUGGUUAACUGGCCCUAACUUUUUGUACAAGACAGACGACUCGGGUUCAGAUUUCGAAUGUCAAACGUUUCGAUUGAUAGACCCUGAGGCAGACGAGGAGGUUCGUCCUGUGGUGACCACCCUUGCUACCAGUGUGUCGUCGCAGCGUCGGCUGGGUGCUCACAGAUUCGAGCGGUUUUCAAGAUGGACGAUUCUCAUUCGAACAAUAGCGAAUCUUCUGCACAUCGCUCGCUCAUUUCAUUCUCGGGGUGAUACUGCAUCGGUGUCCUGUCGACACUGGCACAUUUGCCUCGAGCCCAGGACUAAUGAAGAACUUUCCGCUGCGAAGAAACUCGUCUACAGAACCGUCCAAGGCGAAAUGUUCUCGAGUGAGAUUCGAUGCAUACAAAAUGAGCACAGACUACCGAGGGACAGCCCACUUUCGAAGUUGAACCCCUAUAUGGACGAGGAUGGCGUCAUGAGAAUCGGAGGACGACUUCAGAACUCGACACUUGACCAAGACGAACGGCACCCUGUCAUCAUGCCCCGUCGACAUCAUAUUACUACACUACUGGUCCGACACCAUCACGAAAGGGUUGAGCAUCAAGGCCGCCAUUUCACUGAAGGUGCAGUCAGAGCGGCAGGAUUGUGGAUUGUGGGAGCAAAAAGCUGCAUCGGCUCGAUGAUUCACAAGUGCGUCAAAUGCCGCAAACUGAGGAGCAGACAUCAGAAGCAAAUCAUGGCUGAUUUGCCAAGAGACAGACUUAGCAUGGACCCACCGUUCACCUAUGUGGGCCUCGACGUGUUUGGACCAUGGAAGGUUAAAGAGCGCAGAACUAGAGGUGGACUCGCACAUAGCAAAAGGUGGGCUGUGUUGUUUACUUGCCUGUCCGUACGUGCGAUACACAUUGAAAUCAUUGAAUCGAUGGAUUCUUCGAGCUUCAUCAACGAUCUCAGACGGUUCUUGUCUAUUAGAGGUCCGGUUAAACUGCUGCGGUCCGAUUGCGGAACCAAUUUCGUCGGUGCGUGCAAAGAGCUGAAGAUCAACACUGCGUCGCCUGGCCACAACGAUGUUGGCAAAUAUCUGCAAACUCAAGAAUGCACGUGGGUUUUCAAUCCCCCUCACGCCUCUCACAUGGGUGGUGCUUGGGAGCGCAUGAUCGGGAUUGUUCGUCGCAUCGUGGACUCUGUGCUUCUAGGCACGAACAAGUCAGUGAUUUCGCACGAUAUGCUUGUCACACUCUUUGCGGAGAUCGCAGCGAUCGUAAAUAGCAGACCUUUGACUCCGGUGUCAACAGAUCCGGAAAACCCAACGAUUUUCACUCCAAGUAUGAUUCUCACUCAGAAGACGGGUAGAAACCCUCCACCUCCUGGAGAAUUUGGGCAUGACAAUGUCUACCGACGGCACUGGAAACAAGUGCAGUCAAUGGCCAACACCUUUUGGGACCGCUGGAGGAAGGAAUAUCUUCCAACAUUGCAGGGCCGUCGCAGGUGGCAAACAGCUCAACGAGACGUCCGAGAAGGUGACAUUGUGUUGCUGAAGGACAAGGAUGCCGAGAGAAAUGAGUGGCCUAUGGGUCGCGUUAUCAAGACUCUACCCAGUUCUGACGGGAGGGUGCGUAAGGUAGAGCUUAAGAUCCACAAGAACGGACUACUGAAGGUUUUCCAGAGACCCAUUUGUGAAAUUUUCCUUUUAUUAAGUGAUCAUGAACUGUGA